AUGGAUUUUUCUAGGUCAUCUGAAAGUGGCACAAACUCAAACCAGAUACCUUCUUCAAGUUCAAAUAGAGGAAGUAGUAUGGUGGCCAUCACUUCAAGUGGCAUCAUCACCGAAGAGACAUCUAUUACUAAAUCAACUGGAACAAUUACUGAAGAGUCUCUAAGCACUGGAUCAACGGAAACCAUUAGUGAACUUACUGCUAAUACAGAGUCCACUCGAACAAAUACUGCUCAAACCACGGAAACAAGUACAGAGCAGAUCACUGUGGCUGCUACAAUGACAAAUGCUGGUAUGCGUAUAUCUUCAAAUAAUGCUAAGCUAACGCUUGUAUUUGAAAGCGUGAUGUUGUCGAAAUUAGUAACACAAGAUGAUGUUAUAUCAUCGACAAUAGAGCGAAGGAAAGCUUCUCGCCCCAGUUGUGUACUGUCUGAGAGUGGUGUCGAUUUCCUACAUCGAUUGCUUGUUCACACAAAAGUUCACAUAAAUUGUGUUCUCUAGUCUGAGGGUAUUACAACAAAGGGAAGCUGGGUUUGUACAGCAUACAUGAUAUUCUUAAGCCACUGAAAACCUGAAGGAUUUGGGGUUUUAAAGAUUAUGGACCACGAAGGGGCACCUUGGAAGCUUGGACCAAAAAAUUGCCUUCCCUAACUGAAAAGUCACAAGUCACAGCUACACAACACUAACACUAUCGUAUACAAAUCAGUACAGCUCUAAUUCUUCUGAAACAUCUUUCCCCAAAAUGCAAAAAACGAUUCAAUUCAAGCUGUGUAUCAGGCAGGUAUCGUUCGAUGACAACUAAAAAUACACCUAACCAAAAAUAGAUAAUCAGUCUCCUUUCAUCCCAAAAGUAUACUAAAGAAACUGUCCACUGACUCAUAAUAAAAUGAAUCAGUACACUUGAACAGGGAAAAGCCUGUUGCCACAAAACGUCCCUGACCGACAGCUUCCUUCCACUCAUUUUCACCUCAAUACUUGUUUGCAAUCUUUCUUUCUCUCUUGUGCGGACGGAAGCCGAUAUUAGAUUUAUAACUUUUGUUAUUCUUGUGGCCUUAUAAUAUUUCGAACAAUGAGCAUUAAAAUCUCGCGUAAAAAAUAUGCCGUCAUAAAGCGAAACACUUUUUUUACGAGUAAGUGUUUGAGAUAAUAGUUCUGAGCUUUGGUUUAAUUGUUCAUCACAAACCUCUCGUCGAUAAGG